UCCCCGCCCUUCUCUCUUCUACAUUAUCUGUUACCUCAGUCAGAUUGAGGAUGCACAUAUAUGGGGAAAAUAAUCGACUUCCAGCCUCUCUCAUGUAAUCUCUACCUGAUUCAGGAAUCUCUAACCCAGUACCGGAACGUUAAGCGGCUUCUCCGCUUUCCUGCCGUGAGAAACUCGAGGUGACAACCUCCGUUUCCGGUUGGCUCCGGUUGCAGAGUUGAGUGUCCUGAGAGGUCAGAUUGCUGUCAGACAUGGCCCAUGGACAUGGACAUGAGCAUGGACAUCAUAAAAUGGAACUUCCAGAUUAUAGACAAUGGAAGAUAGAAGGGACACCAUUAGAAACUAUCCAGAAGAAGCUGGCUGCAAAAGGGCUAAGGGAUCCAUGGGGCCGCAAUGAAGCUUGGAGAUACAUGGGUGGCUUUGCAAAGAGUGUUUCCUUUUUUGAUGUACUGUUUAAAGGAUUCAAAUGGGGAUUUGCUGCAUUUGUGGUAGCUGUAGGAGCUGAAUAUUACCUGGAGUCCCUGAAUAAAGAAAAGAAGCAUCACUGAAGAUAAUACCUGGAAGUAUCAUAGUGGUUUCUUAACUCUCCAAAAUAGGAUUUCUUCACUGUAGCCUACUCGUCUGGUUUGUCCCUUACAGAAUAUUAGUAAGAUUUAAUAAAGUAAAAUAAAAAAAAUAUAUAUAUAUAUGCUGA